AUGUCCACCGCUGCUCCUACCGGAAAGGUCCAUAAACGAGCGUACCAGGCUUGUAUUCCGUGUCGAGAGCGUAGGGUUCGCUGUGACCUAGGCUCGGUCGACCAACCACACCAGGGACCCUGUGGGCGAUGUCGGCGGGAGCGCAAGUUCUGUCACUUCUCUGCCACCCGCGGGAGGAAGAAGGGAGCUCCCACUCCCACGCCUGCUCCCUCCGGCCCCAACGACCACAUCGCUGCCACCACCACCCAGCCGUGGGAGGAGUCGACCCUCGCCGCCGCUGGCACCCCCGCACCCUUGUCCGGCGGCGUCAGCCAGCCCGGCGAAAGCUCUGCCAGCCCCAUCGGCAUACCGCCGGCCAUAAAACGAGAACACUCCCUCCAGCAUGUUCUCGCGCAGGAUACUCCGCGGCCCGCAACUCGCGGCGACAAGACGGCUGAAAAGCUGCUCAGGGACGCCGCAUACACCUCCCACGAUGCGCUGAACUUGCUGUUUGAAGCCGGCAGGCACAGCGAGCGGGUUGCGAGAUCAGACCAUAGCAUGCCGGGAGGGCCCUCGAGGCUGGGUCCGAUACCGAGCCGAGAGACGAGACCGUCAGCGGCUCCGAGUCUCGCUGAUCCUGCCCCGGAUCUUCACCCUUGGUCUAACCUGCGGUUCGUCCGCACGGGCCUGAUCACGGCCGAGGAAGCGUUCGAUCUGGUAAACUACUUCCACACCUACCUGGCCCCGUUCACUCCAAUCGCUUCUUCCUCCUUCCAGGAUCCGUCCAUGCAUUCUGAGCUUAUCGAGGAAGAGCCGAUCCUUGCCAUGACUAUCCUCAUGCUGGCGUCUCGAUAUAUGAAACUCUCCGGGCCCGGAUCGGUGUCUAGAUCGUACAUGGUCCAUGAGCGGCUCUGGCAACAUUUACAGGGGAUGAUCUCCCGCAUGAUCUUUGGUCAAGAGCAGUUCACUGGAGGCACUCAUACCCACGACGGCCCUCCAGAGGCCUCCAAUCUGUCUACACACGAGUAUCCUCUUGCCGGGUCCAGCUUUGGCAGCCUAAGGACGCUAGGGAGCUGUGAGGCACUGCUCUUGCUUUCAGAAUGGCACCCGCGCUCCCUUCACGUUCCCGCCGGAGACGAUGGAGACAGUAUCGUCGUGAAGGACGACGUCCGGAGAACCAGAGCCAGCACGGCUGGAAUCGGCGGGAGGAUACGGAUCGACUGGCUCGAACCGGUCUGGCGAUCUGAUCGAAUGUGUUGGUCUAUGCUUGGGAACGCCCUCGCCCUGGCCGUGGAGCUGGGCAUCUUCGACGAAUACGACAACACCACCAUAGGAGCACGCGAGUCUCGACGAGAUAUCUGGAGUAACCCCUUGUCCAGUCAGCGUGCACACCUUGUCCAGCACCUGCUCUGGGUCUAUCUCACGCAGACAUCCGGUCGACUGGGAUGGAAGAACUUGACCUCCGUAUCAGUGUCGCAUCACGAUACCAGUACAAAGCACGGCGAUACGAUUCGCUGUUGGGUCGGCGUUGCCUCACUAAUGAAGAGGGGCAACGAGCUCCUGUUCCCUUCCCGCGAACGAACUCGUGAAAUCGUCAAGACGGGCGAGUACCUGGCCGUGCUUCGUGUCCUCAACCCGCUCCUGCGCGAAUGGCAGAAGGAGUUCGACCGUGCAAAGUUGUCAAGGCAAAUGCGGUCCAUCUUGACAAUCGAAUUCGGAUACGUACGAGUAUACAUCCAUAGUGUCGCCCUCCAGGCUGUCAUCGAGCAUUACUACCAUGUCAUGCAUGAAGGCGGCACUAUGCCCGAAGCCAGCUUACUCGAACCCUUCGAGGGUAACAGAGAGUACUUUAUGGAAGUCAUUGCGGCGGCAAAAUCGAUACUACAGACCGUCGUUGAGGAUCUGCUCCCGGAUAACCAUCUGAAGCAUGUUCCGAUUCGAACUUAUUCGAGAGUUCUCGCAGGUGCCAUGUUUUGUCUCAAGGCUACCUCUCUCGGUGCCAAGGACUUUGAAACGUCCGGGUCUCUGAGUCUCGUUGAGCGUACAGCAGAUGCUCUGUGUGAUACAAACAAUCAGAUGAUGGUGUGUGGCCCUGGCUCCUAUCAUGAAUUGUCCAUGGGUCGAAUGGGACUGGGGGACCACUCUAUCGCUGACCCAGAGUAUGACAUUUGCCAGGCUGGCUCUUCAUCUGCUACAGCUGCGGGUACGCCUGCUUACUAUGCGAUGCACCCGGCAUCGGGGUCGAUGGAUCAGACUGCUGCAUUGCAGAAUGAUCCAUUGAUCAACUUUGCCGGGCUGGGCCCCAAUCAACUUGGCUGGUCUGGUGGGCAAGACUUCUUCGACAUGCUCGGUCCUUUACUGGACGUGCAGUACGAGCAGUACAAAUAG